AUGGAAAAAGAAGAAUCAACAAAUAAAAAUAAUGAAAAUAUACAAAGUGAAAAUGAGAUAAAUAAAAUUGAUAAUAAAAGUAAUACAGAAAAUCCAACAAUAAAAUGUAUAUUUAAAAAACCAAACAAACAAAGAAAUAUAAGGAAAAGGUCAGAUGAUUUAAUAUUAAACACAUCAAAUAAUGCGGAUGAAGAAGAUGAAGAUGGCAAUGAAGAAAAAGAUAAAAAGAAAUUAAAAUCAAAAAUAAACCAAUAUACAACAAAACAAGAUAAAAAGAAUGAAUUCUCAUAUGAUUCAUCAGGCAAUGCAGGUUCGUCAAUUAAUUCAGCAGAAUUAUCAUCAACACAAUAUAUGAAUGAAGAGGAAGAAUUUAAAAAAGAAGUUGUAUUAUCAUCAUCUAGAAAUAAUAAUAAUAAUAAUAAUAAUAAUAAUAAUAAUAAUAAUGAUAACAUAAGUAAUAGUGAAGGUAGUGGUGGUAGUGAUAAUAAUGAUGAUGGAAUUUAUAGAGGUAUGAAAUCAUACUCUACAUUUGUUGAAAAGAAAUCAGAUUUAACUUAUAAAGGUGGUGGUGUUAAAGCAGGACCAAUGAAAACAUCAACUACCUUUAAACUAUCGAAUAGAAUUGAUCAUCAACCUGAUGUAUGUAAAGAUUAUAAACAAACUGGUCAAUGUACAUUUGGUGAUGCUUGUAAAUUUUUACAUGAUCGUAGUGAUUAUAAAUCUGGUUGGCAAAUUGAUAAAGAAUAUGAAGAAGAACAAAAACAAAAAAGAUUAAAUAAUAUUAAUGGUAUAAAAAAUAAUAAUAAUGAUAAUAAAAACAAUGACGAUGACAAAGAACAACAACAAUUCCCAUUCGCAUGUUUUAUAUGUAAAAAACAAUAUGUUGAUCCUGUUCAAACAAAAUGUAAACAUUUCUUUUGUGAAGAUUGCGCAUUAACUCAUAAUAGAAAAAAUAAAAAAUGCGCAUUAUGUGGCGAACCCACUUUAGGAACAUUCAUAACACCACCAAAGAAGAUUUUAGAUCAAUUAAUGGAAAUUUCCAAAUCACAUUUUAAAAAUCAAUCAUAA